CCCUUUAAGAGGAAGUAGCGCCGGCCGAGCGCCGCGGAGGGGGAGGGGCGCGCGGGGCUGCGCUGCGGCCGCACGAGGGGCAGAGCAGCGGUCCCGCACCGUUGCGUCUCUCGGCCUUCGAGUCGGCACGGAGCGCUGCGGGGCGCGGGGUGAAGCUCUGCCCCGCGGGACCUCGGCAACAGGAGGAAGAAGAGGAGGAGGAGGAAGAAGAGGAGGACGACCUUCAGCCUCCGAGCUUCGCCUUCUACGGGCCGGGAGUGGAUGAGCAGCAGCAGCAGGAGGAGGAGGAGGAGGAGGGCGGCUCUGUGACGGCGGCAGGGAAUCGAGAUGUCCCACGCUUUGAAGCAGGUGUUCAAUAAGGACAAAACCUUCCGGCCCAAACGUAAAUUCGAGCCGGGCACGCAGCGCUUCGAGCUGCACAAGAAGGCUCAGGCGUCGCUGAACGCCGGGCUGGACUUGAAGGUGGCCGUGCAGCUGCCGCCGGGCGAGGAGCAGAACGACUGGGUGGCCGUGCACGUGGUGGACUUCUUCAACCGCAUCAACCUGAUCUACGGCACCAUCAGCGAUUACUGCACCGAGCAGUCCUGCCCCGUCAUGUCGGGAGGCCCCAGGUAUGAGUACCGCUGGCAGGACGAGCACAAGUACAGGAAGCCCACGGCCCUGUCUGCCCCGCAGUACAUGAACCUGCUGAUGGAUUGGAUCGAGGUGCAGAUCAACAACGAGGACAUCUUUCCCACCAACGUCGGUACGCCCUUCCCCAGGAACUUUCUCCCCGUGGUGAAGAAGAUCCUCUCGAGGCUCUUCCGCGUCUUCGUCCACGUCUACAUCCAUCACUUCGACCGCAUCACGCAGAUGGGCUCGGAGGCGCACGUGAACACGUGCUACAAGCACUUCUACUACUUUGUGAAGGAGUUCAACCUCAUCGACACCAAGGAGCUGGAGCCUCUGAAGGAGAUGACAGCACAGAUGUGCCACUGAGCGAUCCCUGCUGCGCAGCGCCGUCCCCGCAGCACCGCACAGACGUUUCCUUACAGAAAUGGAUUUAUAUUUUUAAGGCGUUCCGAUGUAAUCACUGCAGUAUAGCAGGAGUAUUUUUGUAAGAGAUGUUCUAGAUCGA